GAGAGAUGGUGAGCACGAUGAAUGACAUUUUUCAGAUUUCGGCGCACAGAUCACAUCCAACAACCUAACUUGCCUCCUAUUGCUGGCUGAGGGUCGUCCACUUUUCUGGGACUACUCUCAGUUGCAGGUAUGAGGGUGCUACACUGGUGCAUGCUGGGAGUGACCAUCCUCUUGCUGGUGUGUGAGGUUGCCGUCAGUCAGUUGUGCAAGUCCCUCAUCACCCUGGUGGAUAGUUUCCACACGCUUUUCAUCCUCAUGGGCAUGGCUCUUCCUCCUCCUCGAACCGCAGGCAUAAUGAAACCUCCGCCCUCCUCUUUGGACUCCCUUGCGUCUCCACAUGCUUCCUCCUCCUCAGCAGCAGCUCCUUCCACCCUACCUGCAGAGUCAUCAACCGAACCUCUACAUGGCACCCAGACUGCCACCGCUGGGUCGCCCCCCCCAGAUGACCCUGCCGCUCCUCUGCCUAACCAUGGAGCAGCCUCAGCCUUUAUCUCUCAUCAACUCUGCUCCCCACCAAUCUCUCCUCCGGCUCCCACCUGCGGUGUCUCCUACGCCAGCAGCAGGAUUCAGGUUGUGGGGGCUUUCAUUUCCAGUCUUCUCCUGUCCUCUCUGUGUAUUUCUAGCUUAAUGGAAAUCGUGAGCUUUUCCCUGGAGCCACACCCAGUAGAGCGCCCCCUGCUGCUUGUGGUGGUCGGAGUUGUCAGUCUGCUCCAUAAAAUGCUCUUGCUCAGGCUGAACUGGAAACAGCUGCAGGAGAGGGCCGGAGCCAACGGGCGACCAGAGGCCGAAUCUCACCUUGAAGUGAACCACAAAGUCUUGACUGAAGAGGAAACCAAAGGCCUGGCUGAGCCGGGGCGAGUCCUAGAUGACGUUAGCCAAGUCCAAUCUGCUGUGGACGACUCGUUCCACAAUGGGGCACUUGUACUCUGUAACCCAGGAACCUCCAGCAUCCCUGACACCGACUCUCAAACCCCACGACGACAGCCAGACGUCCACCUGCAUGCAGCAGCUCCACAGGACAGCCAGGACUGUGAGCUCGCGAGCGGUCUUGCAGAUCUGAAGCCUUGCAAGUGUGAGAGUCAUUCAAAGGACUUCACGGAGAUUUCCGAAGACAAUGCCAGCGUGGGACAUCUUGACAGUCAAAAUGAAUUUAAAACCUCCCCAGUCUGCAAGUCAUCACAUCACACUGAGAGCCCUGUACCAAGCAGCCAGCGGCCAGUCUUCCUCCUGUCGUUGUUCCUUGUCAUUCAGGGCCUUUUUACCGCCCUUCUAGCCCUGAUCAACAGCCUUGUGAUGCAGCUGGUUGGCCCUCCGUGCCCGCACAGCUCUGGAGCCUGUAGCCUCCUGGUUUACGUGGAACCUGGUCUCUCCCUGCUGGCUGUGAUUACGCUGAUCGCCACAGCUACGCCACAGGUGCACAGGUACGGACUGCUGCUGCUACAGGCCACACCUCCACACAUUCGUGUGCCUGAUCUCGGACGAAGGAUUGCAAGUAUCCCUGGAGUGCAGGCUGUGCACGACCUCCACGUCUGGCAGUUAACUGAAUCAUUCAUGGUAGCCUCUGUCCAUGUACAGUGCCAUGCUGGGUUUCCAGCACACAGGUGUGCUGAUCUGAUGUUAGGGGUCACUAAGGUGCUGCAGAGUGUGGGAGUGAGCUGCUGCACCGUUCAGCCAGAGUUUGCUUCAUGCUCUGGGUGCUCUGCAGGCAGUGGGGGUGAUGCCUCCCCUGUUGUCCACAGAGAAGACCCGUCCCUGCCUCCUCUCCUGGCCUGCAGCCUCGCCUGUGGGAAGGCUUGUACUGGGAACAUGUGCUGCUCUGCCUUAGAAGAGGAGACCGGGAGCCAGCUGGCACCACCACCUGGGGAAACAAAGGAAGAGCCUCAGACACUCGUCAUAGAGAACACCUUUCUCUGACCGUCAGUUUUAAUUAUACUGAAGGAAAAUAAAACAAAACCCUGCUUGCACAUUAUAUUGAAGUGUUCUGUUAGCUUUAUGACAUUAACAAGGUGCUACACCAAAGAUAUUAAUGUAAUAUCAAGUGAAAUUCUGUAAAACUAGAUCUAGUGUUCCCUCAUUUGUACCUGGAACCUUUGU